CUUCCCUGCCCCUCUCCCCCCCCCUCAGCGCUGGCUGCCGCCGUGGCCUACGAGGCCGACCACGCCCACGGCUGCGCCCAGGGCAGCUGCUACCCCGCCACCGGAGACCUGCUGGUGGGCCGGGAGAAGAGCCUGAAGGCCUCGUCCACCUGCGGCCUCAGCAAGAGAGAACCCUACUGCAUCGUCAGCCACCUGCAGGAUGAUAAGAAGUGUUUCUCGUGUGACUCGCGGCGCCCCUUCGACCCCGUCUACAACACCAUCAGCCACCGCAUCGACAACGUGGUCACCACCUUCAAGCCCCACCGCAAGAAGUCCUGGUGGCAGUCCAAGAACGGGAAGUCUGAUGUGGUUCUCCAGCUCGAUCUGGAGGCGGAGUUCCACUUCACCCACCUGAUCAUGACCUUCAAGACCUUCCGUCCCGCCGCCCUGCUGAUCGAGCGGUCAGCUGACUUCGGUCGCACCUGGCAGGUGUACCGCCACUUCGCCUACGACUGCUCCGGUGCCUUCCCCGGGGUCUCCCCCGGACCCCUGCGCCACGUCGACGACGUCAUCUGCGAGACGCGCUACUCCGACAUAGAGCCCUCCUCCGGCGGGGAGGUCAUCUACAGAGUGCUGGACCCUGCCAUCAGAAUAGAGGACCCCUACAGCCCCAGCAUCCAGAACCUGCUGAAGAUCACCAACCUGCGUGUGAACCUGACCCGUCUCCACACGCUGGGGGACAACCUGCUGGACCCGCGCGCCGAGAUCAAGGAGAAGUACUACUACGCCAUGUACGAGAUGGUCGUCAGGGGCAACUGCUUCUGCUACGGCCACGCCUCCGAGUGCGCCCCCAUCACCGGCGCCGACGACAACAUCGAGGGAAUGGUGGGUGGGGGAGGCGGGGGGGGGGUACACAACACAACAGAUAAACCAGAACACUGGGCUCUGAGCCAUGACCUCAACGGCUGCCGGGCGUGUGACUGCGACGUGGGAGGAGCCCUGGACACCAAGUUUCGAUCCAGAACCGUAACAGUCUCACGGUUCCUCAGGUGUACCAUGGAGAACGGGCAGUGCCGCUGCCGGAACCACAUGGCGGGCCGCCAAUGCUCACAGGUGGAGUCUGGCUACUUCUUCAUGGCUCUGGACCACUUCCUGUAUGAGGCGGAGCUGGCCAAGAUGGCACAGGGCUGCGUGGUGGAGCCCAGGGAGCAGCAGCCGGGCCGCCCGCCCUCCUGGACCGGGCUGGGCUUCGCCAGGGUCCAGGGGGGGUCUCUGGAGUUCAGCGUCGCCGACGUGCCUUCCAUGGAGUACGACCUGCUGCUGCGCUACGAGUCCCAGCUGCUGCGGGACUGGGAGGAGGUCCGGGUGACGGUGGUCCGGCCCGGGUCCAUCCCCACCAGCAGCCCCUGUGGGAACACUAUCCCCGCCGACGACCGGCUCACCACCACCCUGCCUGCUGGAUCCCGGUUCGUGGUGGUGCCCAGGCCCAUAUGUCUGGAGAGGGGCGUGGCCUACACCCUCCGUCUGGAGUUCACACGCUACGGCGACGCCAACAGCGUCUCUGGGGGCGGAGCCGAGACCAUCCUGCUCAUAGACUCUAUCGCCCUGCUCCCCCGCCCCUCCUCCCUGGAGAUGUUCAGCGGGGGGGACGCGGGCUCGGAGGUCCGGCGCCAGGCCAUGGAGCGGUACCGCUGCACGGAGGGCCCGCGGGGGAUCAGCCGCCCGCUGCUCAGCGACACCUGCGCCAAGCUCACCUCCAGCAUGUCGGCCGUGAUCAACGACGGGGCGCUGCCCUGUAACUGCGACCCCCAGGGCGCGGCCAGCUCUGUGUGUGACGUGCGGGGGGGCCAGUGUCGCUGCACCAACGUGAUUGGCCGACGCUGUGACCAGUGUGCUCCAGGGACCUAUGGCUUCGGCCCGUCCGGAUGUAAAGCGUGCGGCUGCAGUGUGGAGGGCUCCUCCUCGCGGCUGUGCGACGGCUCCGGCGGCCAGUGUGCGUGCCGCGCCGGGGCCUUCGGCCUCCGCUGCGACGGCUGUCAGAGCGGCCACUGGGGCUUCCCCCACUGCCGCCCCUGCCUGUGCCACGGCCACGUGCAGUGCCAGCAGAAGACCGGAGCCUGCAUCGACUGCAGGGCCAACACGGGCGGAGACCAGUGUGACAGGUGUGCCGACGGUUACUACGGCAACCCCUCUCUGGCGUCGGGCAACCAUUGCCGGCCCUGCCCAUGCCCGGACGGACCCAACAGCGGGCGUCACUUCGCCGCCUCCUGUUACCAGGACAACCACAACGGACAGAUCGUCUGCAACUGUAUCCAGGGUUACACAGGGAUAGUUAAACGCUCUGGAAAGACCAUUUUCAAGCGCGCCCGGUGCGACGAGUGCGCCCCCGGUUACCACGGCAACCCCUCGGAGCCCGGCGGCCGCUGCAGGCCCUGCCAGUGCAGCAACAACAUCGACAUGUCGGACAUGGGCGCGUGCGACCGGCGCAGCGGCGAGUGCAGGAAGUGCCUCUACAACACCGAGGGCCCCAGCUGCGGCAUCUGCAAGAGCGGUUACCACGGAGACGCCUCGCGCCGCAACUGCAGGAAGUGCACGUGUAACUUCCUGGGGACGACCAGCAGCCAGUGCACGGAGCGGGAUGCGUGUGUGUGCCAGCGGUCCUCGGGCCAGUGCCAGUGCCUGGACAACGUGAUCGGGCUGAGCUGCGACCACUGUGCCCCCGAUCACUGGAACCUGGCCGGGGGGCGGGGCUGUGAGACCUGUGGCUGUGACCCCCACAACUCCGUCAGCUCCUCCUGCAACGAGUUCACUGGCCAGUGUCAGUGCCGUGACGGCUUCGGAGGAAAGACCUGCACAGACUGCCAGGAGAAGUACUGGGGAGACCCCAGGACCCAGUGCAGAGCCUGUGACUGUGACUGGCGGGGCAUCGAGUCGGCCCAGUGCGACCGGGCGACGGGCCACUGCGUGUGCAAGCAGGGCGUGUCGGGGGUGCGGUGCGACCAGUGUGCCCGAGGGUUCUCCGGUGUGUUCCCCGCCUGCCAGCCCUGCCACCAGUGCUUCGGGGACUGGGACCGAAUCGUCCAGGACCUGGCGGUUCGCACCAAGACCCUGGCGGGCCGGGCCCAUGAGAUCCAGAGCACGGGGCUGACCGGGGCCUACGAGAAGGCCUUCCGGGACCUGGAGGAGAAGUUGGCCCAGGCCCAGGGGAUCGUCAACGCCCGCAACGCCACCGCCACCGCCGUGGGAACCCUGAUGGAGCUCAUCGAGGACCUCAGGGCUCAGAUCGGCGAGACCACGGACACGCUGAACCGCCUGGAGGGGGAUCUGACCAUGGUCCAGGACAGCAACUCUGAGGCCAGCAAGGAGCUCAGCGCCCUGGAGAGAGAGGCCAAGGCCCUGAACCUCACCUCAGAGCAGCUCCACAGACAACUGGACGUCCUCAAGAACUCCAACUUCCUGGGGGCCUAUGACAGCAUCCGCAGCUCCUACAACCGGUCACGUGACGCGGAGCGCCGUGCCAACGAGUCCACGACCACCCGGCCCAGCACCGUCAGCCAAUCGGCGGACAUGCGCCGCCGCACCGAGCGCCUCAUCGCCGCCAAGAAGGACGACUUCAAUCGCAAGAACGCGGCCAACAAGCGGGCCCUCGGGGACCUGAACGGCCGCGUGCAGGGCCUGGACAUGAAGAAGAUCAACGAGAAGGUGUGCGGGGCCCCCGGCGACGCCCCGUGUGCCGACAGCCCGUGCGGGGGCGCCGGUUGCCGUGACGACGAGGGGAAGCGGCGCUGCGGCGGCCUGAACUGCGCCGGGGCGGCGGCGGAGGCCGGGCGUGCCCUGGAGAGCUCCCGGCGGGCGGAGGAGGAGCUGAGCAAGGCCAUGGGCGAGGUGGAGGGGCUCUUCUCCAAGGUGGCGGAGGCCAAGAGCAGGGCGGAGGAGGCCAAGGGCCAGGCGCAGGCGGCGCUGGACCGAGCCACGGCCACCAAGAACAAGGUGGAGCGCUCCAACAACGAGCUGAGGGACCUCAUCAAGCAGAUCAGAGAGUUCCUCACGCAGGAGGGGGCGGACCCGGACAGCAUCGAGGCGGUGGCCAACCGCGUGCUGGAGCUGUCCAUCCCGGCCUCGCCGCAGCAGAUCCGACACCUGGCGGAGGAGAUCAAGGAGCGCGUGCGCAGCCUCUCCAACGUGGACGCCAUCUUGGAGCAGACGCAGGACGACGUGCGCAAGGCAGAGCAGCUGCUGCUGGACGCCAAGAGGGCCAGGCACAGUGCGGAGGGGGUGAAGACCACCACGGAGACGGUGAAGCAGGCUCUGCUCGACGCAAAGACGGCUCAGGCCACCGCGGAGGAGGCUAUCGCCAGGGCCAAGUCCGACAUCGGGGACACUGAGAACCGUCUGGCACAGAUCGAGUCGGAGACGUCCAACAGCGAGAAGGACCUGCGGGACGCGGUGGAGCGGCUGGGCACCCUGGGCCAGCAGAUCGACGCCCUGAAGAACAAGAGGGUCAGCAACAACAUGGCCGCCGCGCGCGCCGAGGAGACCGCCACCAUGGCCCGCGACAAGGCCAACGAGGCCAAGCAGAUCCUGGAGGGCCAGCUGACGGAUAAGUUCCAGGAGGUGCAGCAGCGGGUGGACACCAAGGCCCGGGCGGUGCAGGAGGCCAGGCAGCGGGCCGAGGGCCUCCGCGACCAGGCCAAGGAGCUGCUGACCGACGCACAGAACAAGCUGCUUAGACUCGCAGAGCUGGAGAAGGAGUAUGAGGAGAACCAGAAGAGGCUGGAGGGCAAGGCCCGCCAGCUGGACGGGCUGGAGGACAAGAUGAAGGCCAUCCUCAGCGACAUCAACAAGCAGAUCCAGAUCUACAACACCUGCCAGUAGCCCGGCCCCGGCCAAUCAGAGCCCCUCCUGUUGCCCCCGCCCCUCCCUGUCCCCUCGAGCUUCACUGGUCUGCACUGAGACUACACUAUGCACUGUUGUCCAAUCACGUUAAAGAUACUAGAUGAGGGGGCGGGGCCUGAUGUAAGGGGAAGAGACUCGACUUUUGGGAAUGUGCUCAAUGUUGUCAGUUUUAAGAAAAUGCCCCUGUACGUAUUUUUAAAGUAACAUUUUUCAAAUUGUUUAAUAUUUUGUCUGCAACUGCAAACGCAAAGUCAUUGUUUAUUUUCUUACUGCCAAAUAAACCAAACUACUGGACCUGUCUGAGA